AUGCAGAUCUUUGUAAAAACCCUUACCGGCAAGACCAUCACUCUUGAAGUCGAGUCCUCCGACACUAUCGAUAACGUCAAGGCCAAGAUCCAAGAUAAGGAAGGGAUUCCUCCUGAUCAGCAACGCCUUAUUUUCGCCGGAAAACAGUUGGAAGAUGGACGUACACUCUCAGAUUAUAACAUUCAGAAGGAGUCUACUCUCCACCUCGUUCUUCGUUUGCGUGGUGGCAUGCAGAUCUUUGUCAAAACAUUGACUGGGAAGACCAUUACUCUUGAGGUGGAGUCUUCUGACACAAUUGAUAAUGUCAAGGCCAAGAUCCAGGACAAGGAGGGGAUUCCUCCUGAUCAGCAACGUCUGAUUUUCGCUGGGAAGCAAUUGGAAGAUGGCCGCACGCUGUCGGACUAUAAUAUCCAGAAAGAGUCCACUCUCCAUCUCGUCCUUCGUUUACGUGGUGGCAUGCAGAUCUUUGUGAAAACGUUGACCGGAAAGACGAUUACUCUCGAGGUCGAGUCUUCUGACACCAUUGAUAAUGUCAAGGCGAAGAUUCAGGACAAGGAAGGAAUCCCUCCGGAUCAGCAAAGAUUAAUCUUCGCUGGGAAGCAGUUGGAAGAUGGACGAACGCUGUCCGAUUAUAAUAUCCAGAAGGAGUCUACUCUCCAUCUUGUUCUUCGCUUACGCGGUGGUAUGCAGAUUUUCGUGAAGACCUUAACUGGAAAGACGAUUACUCUUGAGGUCGAAUCUUCCGACACCAUUGACAAUGUCAAGGCUAAGAUUCAAGACAAGGAGGGGAUCCCACCCGAUCAACAGCGAUUGAUAUUUGCGGGAAAGCAACUGGAGGACGGCCGUACUCUCUCCGAUUAUAACAUUCAGAAGGAGUCUACUCUUCACCUUGUUCUACGUCUUCGCGGUGGUAUGCAAAUUUUUGUCAAGACGUUGACAGGGAAGACGAUCACACUGGAGGUUGAAUCGUCUGACACAAUUGACAAUGUGAAGGCCAAGAUCCAAGAUAAGGAGGGUAUUCCCCCCGACCAGCAGCGAUUGAUAUUCGCUGGUAAACAGUUGGAGGAUGGUCGCACGCUUUCUGAUUACAACAUCCAGAAGGAGUCCACUCUUCAUUUGGUACUUCGUCUUCGUGGUGGUAACUGA